AUGGAAAAGCGCUACGGAAAGGGGCGCGGAUUCGGCUCGACCAAGCGGACCGAGCAUGUCUUCUUCAUCUCGCCCAAGGAGCCGUGGAAGAAGCUGCUCAAGGUGGCCAAUCGUGAGCUCGGCGGCCGGACGAGCUCGGAUGUCAUCGAGGGUGUGCCGGUGCCCAAGCUGUCCGAGCUGGCCAUGCUGAAGCCCGAGCUCAAGAAGGAGAUCCUGGCACCGCUCUAUGAUAACGGCUCAAAGUCCAAGAAGAUGAGCAAAAGGCUCGAAAAGGCCCUGGGUGAAGGCCGAUCUCCGCUGUUUUGGCAUGCCGACAGCCCGAAGCUGCUCUCGUCCCUGCUUGCGGACAUCCAGUGCAAGGCCGUGAUCGAUCUCACGGCGGGGGACGGCCAGCUAGCUCUCGAG